AUGCCGAAGCAUGGCAGGUACGGCAAGGACCCGAAACAUGUUCAUCAUUAUUUGAUGGCGCUGAAAAAUGGUGCUGUAAUUGAUGCCACGCUGCGCGGAAAUGUUUCACGUUUCAUUAAUCACUCUUGUGAUCCGAAUUGCGAGAGUCAAAAGGUACAUAUGUGGCCCAAUGUUCUUGCUUUGCAUGCAGUAUCGUUCGUAAGGAUAUGCCUCUCAGUUUUCACUACCUUCUUGCCUGUCCUCUUCCACGUGUCGCAACUUUUUGACCUUGUCGCGUAA